CGGCCGUACAAGGUGUGCCACUCAGUCCUGUCCUGUAGGACCCACUGGCCUCAGACAUGGCACGUCUGGCCCUCCCUGUCUUCCUCGUUCUUUGCUUCUCCUUGCUCCACUUCAGCUCCGGCCGUCCAUCUCGCACCAGGAAGGCCGUGUCACCUCGUCAGCCCGGAGCUGCAGAGGAAGAUUAUGUGAAAUCUCAGCUUAAGAAGUUGUGGCAGGAGGUGAAUUCACUGAAAGAGAUGCAGGCGUUGCAGACAGUCUGUCUCCGUGGCAUCAAAGCUCACAGGAAGUGUUAUCUUACAAUUGAGACCAAACAUUACCACGAAGCAAAUGAAGACUGUAUUUCACAAGGAGGAACCCUUGCAACGCCGCGGGACAAGAUGGAAAACAAACUGAGAGACUAUGCGAAGAGGAGUGCCCCAGGAUCAAAGGAAUUCUGGAUUGGCGUGGCAGACAUAGUUAAAGAAGGCCAGUAUGUUGACGUCAACAGCCUGCCUGUCGGCUACUUCAACUGGGACCGCUCCAAGAAGCAGCCCACAGGAACGAAGAGGGAGAGCUGUGUUGCCCUUUCAGUGGUCGCGCAAGGAAAGUGGUACGAUGAGGUGUGUGGCAGCCUCAAAAAGUACAUCUGUGAAUAUGUCAUUCCCUAAAGGAAACAGAGUGGCUGCUGACUACUUCAUGAUCAUUUGUGUGGGUCAUUGAUUAAAAGUGUGCAAAAAUGUGUUUUCAAAUCUGGGCUAAUUCAUGAUGGAAACACAGCUUGUUUUUGACUG